UGUGAGAUAGCAGGUUACAGUCUGGUCAUCUCUGAAGCUGAGCUGAGGGCGACACCUACAAGCAGUCCCGUUAAAUCUGUCAAGUGGGACUUCCUGCUUGUCCAACUGUUGCAAUGCCUGGUCUCCUGCUCCCUUCUCUCUUGUGCCACCUCCUCCUCCUCUUCCCACUAGCUUCCAGUUCUGCUUCUAAUGGUGACACAGUGGUCAUAACCAGCAGUGGCCCUAUUAAGGGCAAGCAACUCUUUGCUGGUCUUGGAUCUGUGACAGCCUAUCUAGGCGUUCCUUAUGCUGAGCCUCCUCUGGGGAAGUUGCGCUUCCAGAAACCGCUUCCACAUCGGCCAUGGAGCCAGAUAUUGGAGGCCACCAGCUUGGGCAAUUCCUGUCCUCAAUUUAUUUUUCGGGAUGUCCCUGAAGCAGAGGUAUGGUAUCCUAAAACACCACAGUCAGAAGAUUGCCUUUCCCUCAACAUCUGGGCGCCCUACCCACAACUUUCUUCAGGAGUGCCUGUUCUGAUCUGGAUACACGGAGGGGGAUUUUUCAUUGGCACGUCUUCUCUGGACUUGUACAAUGGGGCAUCCUUAGCUGCCACUGAGAAUGUCAUUGUGAUCUCGAUGAAUUAUCGCCUGGGGUCUCUGGGCUUUCUUUUCUUACCGCCAGCUGCUCCAGGGAACAUGGGCUUAUGGGACCAACAGCUGGCCCUGAAGUGGGUCAAAGAGAAUGCAGCUGCCUUUGGGGGAGAUCCUUCUCGGGUGACCAUUUUUGGCCAGAGUGCUGGAGGAUCUUCUGUGAAUUUCCAUCUUCUCUCACCAAAGAGCCAGGACCUUUUUGCCCAAGCGGUGAUUCAGAGUGGAACAGCCAAUGCUAUCUGGGCUUGGAAGACUCCUGAGAAAGCCAAGCAGAUAUCGCUGGAAUUUGGUCAUUUGCUAGGUUGCUCUGAGGACCAUAAUACCAGCAUGGUGAGUUGCCUGCAGACAAAAAAUGCUUCUGAGUUUAUUCAGCGUGAAACAUCUAUGUACCAAGAAGAUGGCUUCCUUUUGAAUUUUCCCUUCACACCAACCACAGAUGGGGAUUUUUUGCUUGGUGAUCCACAAAAUCUCAUGGAGGAGGGGCAAAUUCAGAUCAAACCAGUCCUUAUAGGUAGGACCCCUGAUGAAGCGACUUCGUUUGUCCUUCUUUUUUUCCAUGACACUAACCACAGUCUAAUCAAUCAGGAGCAGUUUCUGAAAGGGAUAAGACUGGCAGUGCAAAAUGCACCUGAAGAUCUCGUUCAGGCUAUUGCACUGAGGUACAGUGAAGGAAACCAUGGUCCAGCACAGUACCGCUCAGCUCUGUCACAAUUCUAUACGGAUUACAUAAUUACAUGUUCAUUGAUUGACUCUGCAAGAAAUAUCAGAAAAACCGGGAGUCCAGUAUAUGCGUAUUUAUUCACACAUCGCCCUUCAGGGUCAGUUUGGCCUGAAUGGAUCGGGGCAAUCCAUGCUUCUGAGAUUGCGUUCAUCUUUGGAACCCUGGAAUCAGCGUUGGUUGUCAAUCAGACAGAGGCUGAAACUAGACUGAGCCGUCAGAUGAUGCACUACUGGGCAGAGUUUGCCAGAACUGGGAAUCCCGCAGGGUCAGCGGCCCCCAAGGUCGAGUGGCCCCUCUAUAAUGCCACGGAGUGGAACGUCUUCCUCCUCAAUACUGAGCCGGUCCAGAAUACAGAGGAACAGCCUCCCCGGCACUGUGACUUUUUAAAGAUGCACUUUUCGGAGGCUGCACAAGCACCUAAGUCCAGCCAUUCCCCACGCGGAACCAAUCAAGACAUUUCUUAAAAGCCUGGGGAAAUGAUGACAUCUGUGCCACAGAACCUUCCAGAAAGAUCCACUCUCCUUUCAGGGACUGGCUGGUGGGAACACGGAAGAUGAAUACGGAGCCAACUAAAACCCCCAUGAUCUUUGCUGUGAAAUAACUUGAUACUGAAGCCAAUUUAGUGGCCUGCUAGAACCACUGGAAUGGAGCAGAGCUUAUAACACAGCUGAGAAGUUGGCCCAGAAAAAUAAAAUUAUCUUAGAUAGCUUCAGUGAGCAUACCAGAGAAACACAGGUUGUGGAUCUUACACACUCAGCCCUCCCAAGCAUAAAGAAUCACACGCUCAGACAUAUUAGGUUAAGAAAUAAAAAGAAUCUUACUGACUUUA